CGUUCAUGUCUGUGGAGGAGAAAUGAAUCCCAAUGAGGGAAAUGCUGAUGUUGUCAGGUCAGUAAGGCACCUGUUGUCCUUGUUGACCUCACAGUCAGGAAGUGCAGCUGGCCCUAGUCAAGAAAAUGCCAGGUCCUUUAGGCAGCAGUUCAGUUCAGUUCAGGGUGAGAGAGCAGCUGUUCAGACUGAGAUGGCCAGGUCCUUCCCUGGGUUUUUUACCAAAGGACGGGGGAAAAAACGCUUUUCUGCUGCUACACCUGUCCUCUGCAAACCAGCUAAAGUAAUGCCAUUUAUCUUUUACCUCCUACCUCGCCAAUAUGAUCGGACACCUAAGGAAGAAGACCAGUUGUUGCACACGCAAGCUGGGUUGGGGCGUAGGAUGGCAUACAUUGAUGAAAAUGCUACAUACGAUGAGAUAUGUGCACGACUAAAGGAACUGUAUCCAAAAUUAAAGGAGCUGACAGGUGGUUGGCUUAUCUACAAAGCCUCAGGAGGGUGGGGUACCCGAAAGCUCACUCUUGUAACACCUGAUGAUGGUGGAUACUGCAGCAACCUUUUGAAAACUGCAAGUCAGAGUGGUAAAGGAGUUCUGUAUAUAGCUCCUCUUCAGAUGGAACUUGAUACCUCUCCUCUGCCACCAACCUCGGAAAGCUUCAGUGGCAUGCCAAAAGAGAAGUGCCAGAAAUGUGGUGUCUUUUACCCGCUUGUCAUCCUAACUGCCCAUAUAAAGUCCUGUGAGGUCAUCAAUCUAGAGGAUGAUCAGAUUGAAAAAGCAACCUGUCCCAUAUGUCAGGAGGAAAUGCCACUUGAUAUUCUGGAAAUACACGCAAGUUCGUGCAAAGAAAGGAUACCACCUGUAGACAUGAGCUUGUCUCAGGAAGGACCAUGCACACCCCACACUUCUCCAGGAAAUGUCACCCCACUUGCAUGUAAUGCUGAACCUUCAAAUGCAACUCAAGACACAUGCAUUAAUGAUUAUGACUGGAAAACUCAUCCAGAUCCUGAAAGAGCAGCAACCCUUUAUAGUAAGGGGAUUCUUCACUUACAUGAGACUGGGAAGCCCCUUUUCAUGAACAUGGAUUUGACAAUGAGAAAGGAGGAUCAAGACCGAGAACUCCUUGCACUGUACAAGCAGCCAAGUGUGGAAUGGGCAUGUCCAGUGACAUGUAAACUUCAAGGAGAUGUUGCUGUUGGUGAAGGAGUGACAAGAUACUUCUUUUCAGCAGUUAUUCAAAGACUUAAAGCUGGCUUCAGUAUUAACCUAGGAAAUACUGAAAGGACUUGCCUAUUUGAAGGUGAGCCUGAUCAUCUGGUCCCUUCAUCAUCCCAAUUCCUCACUGAGGGUGACCUGUUUCUAGUAGCUGGACGGAUGCUGGGACAUUCGUUCUUACAUGGGGGACCUCGGCUGCCUGGACUCAGCAGAGCAAUUGUCCAUAUACUUCUAGGAGAUUCACCUGAGACAGCCACAGUGCAGAUAGAAGAUUGUCCUGACCAUGACAUAAGAGAAAUCAUCAAAUUGCUUGAUGGAGAUGCUGAACUCAGUGAUGAUGAACGCCAGGCUGUCCUUGACCUGUGUCUUUCUUGGGAUCUACCUGGCCCAACCAAUACAAACAGAAGGUGGCUCUUUGAACGCCUUUUGUCACAUGCGGUCAUUGGUAGAAGAUUACGUCAGUUGAAACAAAUUCGGAAAGGACUAAAGGAAACCAAGGUGUGGUCACUGUUGAUUGAAAGGAAAGAUGUGCAGAUUUUUCCAAAGGAGAGCGAAUAUUUACUUACGCCACAAAUACUGCUCCCAUACAUUCGCUGGCCCACUGAAAGCAGUGCAGAUGAAGAUGAUGAUGACUGUCCACUGGAAAACAAGUGUCGCAUCUCUGGAUAUUUUCGGCAGUUCAUUGAGACUGCAUCCAGCUCUCACCUUAAGGAGUUGGUGAAGUUUUGGAUAGGAUGGGAAGUGCCAGGCAGCGACAUGGUAGUGGAAAUCAUCAAUGGCCUUCUGCCAAAGUCUUCCACCUGCUUCUGCACACUACGCUUACCAGGUCACUACACCAGUUACAGCCACUUCCAGGAAGACCUGUUGAUGUGUAUUGGCACCUCCGAUUUUGGUUUUGGGAUUAUUUAGAUACAUGGUGUAGUUUAGCAUAGGCAAGCCUCUACAGCUUGAAAAGCAAGUUCAGCAAAAUGUAUACACGUUGUUUGAAAAAUUAAGUUAGGUAUACCUGCAACAAUUUACAGUUCAAAGUUAACAUUUAACCAACAUUACUUUUUUUGAAAAUGUAAUUACAUUCCUGUUCAAUGGAUUUUUCUGCACAAGUAUUGUGCAACUAACAAUUUAGUGUAAAAGUGAAAAGUAAACACAUUCUCUACAGGAAACAAUAAUAUUGCAUGUUUUUCUGCACAUUUAAGUACAGUUUAUUUACUGAAUAAUGGGGAGAAAAAAAAAACCUUAAAUGUGCAGUGGCCUUUCUGUACCCUUCCCCCCGUAUGUUAAAUUCAGUAAAUAUACAGUUGCAUUAAAACAUACAGAGGCUGGGUGUCUGUAGUGGAUGUGUUCAUUGAUUUUUCUAAGUGGACAAAAAUGUUCUUUCACCAUGGUUAUACACAUUUUUACACAGCUAAUUCGGUAUGAACGUAGUGGGUGUGCAAACAUCGUUACAACUAUGCAUGUCUUUAAAAGUUUGUUCGCAUUCUUAUACUGCAGAGAAGUAUUUUUCUUUUAAGAUGGUUAUCAAUACUGUCAUGCAAAAACCCUUUUUGUAACCAUACACACUUACUUUCAUUUAACAAAACAUUGGACACGAGUGACAAUUUUGGAAGGAUGUAAAAUCUUUUAUUUGUAAGUGUUCUACUUAAAAUUGUGAGUUAGAAAUAAAAUUUUAUGUC